AGGGAGUUCCAGUCAGAAUAAGAGUAGUGUAGUGGAGAAUUUCACCUCUCUCUAUAUAUAUAUAUAUUACAAAUGGAGUUCCAUCCCCUUCCCACAGACAGCCCACAAGUCUUUUGAACCCAACUUUUUCUCUCUCUAAAACUUGGAGGGAUACACACAUUUCGCACAUAUCCAACAUUACACAUGGCUUGCUUCGCUUCAUGAAUGCAUAAACAAUAGCUCAACUCUUUUGGUUUGGCUUUUAGACCAGACAAAAGUUUGGGGAGCUGAGAUUUGAAGAUAAAUCUUGGACGGAGAUAGAGAUAGAGAUAGAGAUGGAGAUGGAGAUGGAGAAGGCAAACAUGGUUAGAAAAGGAGGAAUGAUGAUGAAACUGCCAAUCGGUUUUAGAUUCCACCCAACUGAUGAAGAGCUUGUGGUUCACUACCUCAACCGAAAGAUCCACUCUUUUCCAUUGCCUGCCUGUGUCAUUCCUGAUCUUGAUGUUUUCCAGACCAACCCUUGGGACUUGCCUGGUGAUUCGAAAGAGAAAAGGUUUUUCUUCUGCAAAAGAUCAAAAAAGAAUGUGAACAAAUGUAAGGGAAUCACGGGGUCUGGUUAUUGGAAAGCCAUGGGCAAAGACAAAUAUAUUAUAUCUCCUGGAAGCAAUCAAGCUGUUGGGGUUAAAAAAUCACUAGUUUUCUGCCAAGGGAAGCGUCCCCGUGGGUUAAGAACUCACUGGGUCAUGCAUGAAUAUCGCCUUGCAGGCUCUCAAACCAUCCCCAACUCAACAGAGAAAUUUAUGAUGGAAAUGGAAGAAGAAUGGGUUGUGUGUCGGAUAUACCAAAAGAUGUGGAAAUCCAAAAACAAAGGGGUCAAAUCUCAGGUUUCUAAAUAUGGGAAUGUGAGGAAGAUUAGGCCUAGCAUUAUCGAUACCAUGAAGACGGAAGAGGGUAGUGACUCAGGCCCUCCUCAACCAUCCUCUGCCUCAUCAUGUUCAAGUGGGAUCACUGAAGUGUCUUCCAAAACAUCAUCAGAUCAGGAAGAAACCAGUGCCUACAAUUUCAGUUUCUCUUCAUUACUUGUAUGAGAAAUCACAUCUUCUUCGGAUGAGCCAUAUAGUUGUUUUGUCACAAGUGAGAAAUCAUGAUGAUUAUGAUGAUGAAAAUUAUAAUAUCGAGCUUUUUUCAUGAAAUGAA